UUGGACACUUACAUUGGAGGACAUUGUUAUAGCAUGAGGACAUUAAUAUGAGGAUGGACAGUGAGGAUGAUUUCAUGAAGUUAGAACAUAUUUUUUACGUCUUUUGUCUUCAGACUUAAGACUUGUUCUGUCAGUGAGCUCUUCAUAACUAUAGGUGAUGAAAACAACACUAACAACAUAUUAACAUGUAUACAGCAUGUUAACAACAUAUUAACAGCCUGUUAAUACAAUAUUAACAACAUUUUAACAGCACAUUAACAACAUAUUAAAAGCAUAAAGGAACAAAAUGCUAAUCAGGUGAAUUAGGGUGACUUUACGUUUGGGUCCUCAGAGGUACAGAGAUGAGUCUUUCUCACCUCCUCCUGCUGCACAUUAAUACAGAAACCUGAUACACACACACACACACACACACACACACACACUCCUGGUGGCAUUUAGGCAGGUAUAUAAACCGCGGUGCCAGCAGCUCAGAGCCAGACGAGUACUGCAACUCACCUGUCUGCCUGUGUGUUUACCUGAGUGUCCACCUGUCGUACUGAUCCAGGGACCUGUCUGACCUCACAGCACCAUCAUGCUCUCCAGGAAUGUUGUUCUUCUGUUCUCUCUGUUCGCCCUGCUGGUGGAGGGAGACCUCGACUCCAAUGAUGCUGGAAUACAAGCCAUGUCCACUGAUAAAGAUUCCACAUCUGAUGAAGCUCCAACAGAGAGUAUGAACGCUGUCUCUCCUGAUCAGACUGAUGAAUCCCAGUAUUACGGAGGAGGACCUUCAGACGUCAGCAGCACCAGCGCAGAGACAGCAGACACCGUGGCAGCCAAUCAGGUGACAGCAGCAGAAGCUGUCACUACAAACAGCGUUGAAGAAGAAGAUGUUUCAAACUUUUUUCUUACAGAAGACGAGAGCUCAGACUCUGGUGAAGGAGGGAAGAAAAAGUUCAGCUCUCGCUCAGCCAAACUGCAAAGUCCCACCCUCUCCGCUCAAAGCCCCGCCUCCUCAGCUCAAGGGCCCGCCCUCUCUGAUCAAAGCCACGCCCUCUCCGCCCAGCCCAUCGUCCCCCAGCAGAAAGCUCUGGUGAGAAGCCGAGCAUCCAAAAGGAGAUCCAGGACCAGCCGCCGUCAGAUGUGAAACAUGAACACUCUCCCUCACACACACACACACACACACACACACACACUCACACACACACACACACACACACUCACACACACACACACACACACACACACACACACACAGAUGUGUAUGUAGGUAGAAAACAUGUAAUCUAUCACACAUGGUGAGAAGUGACACAUGAGGCAGGUUCAUACAAGUGAGCUCAUAUAUUCAGAUAUACACAUGUACUCUAUGAUCACGCACGUGAAAACAUACCACAGACAGACUGAGGCGCCUGAUUGGUCAGUGAUGACAAUAGUCCAGUGUGACCUCACAGAGGAUCUGACGGCAGAUUCAAACCAACUUUAUUAGUAAAGUCAGGGUCAUGUGAUCUGAACCUCAGCUGUUUGUGUCUCUGAUUGGUGAUCACAUAUUCUGAGAGUGUUAAACUGCUGUUCUGUGUUUACUUUCAUUCCUUCAUGAGUUCAUAACUGUAAACCUGCAACAACAUGAUGUUCACAUGUUCUGUAUGUUGAUCUUUCAUGUUUGAAUAAAGUUAACUGGCUGAACUGAA